UUGUAUUGCUACGGAAGCUCAACGGCGAAGAUGGCUAUCAAUGACUUCGGGAUUACUUUAAUCCUGUUGUUUACGGUAGUAAAAGUGUUGGACUGUUUUAGCUAGACAGUUUUAUUUAAAACUGGCAUACGGUAUUUUUCAUUAUAUAUGAACAUACCGUGGCACUUCAGCCUCGUGCUGUUUACACCGCAGCAGAUGGUAAACAGCAUAGUUACGUUACAGUGAUGGAAUCACAAUGCGAGUAUUUCAUGUAUUUCCCUGCCGCUCCGAUAUCGAGUCUGUCAGACCCGGCGGACUACGCGACUCUUCCGCGGCGAAACCACGUCUACCUCGGGGAGGUCGUCCAGUUUCUGCUGGUCCUGCGGUCCUGGAACACACCGGGGAGGAGGGAUGACAGCUCUGGUGUUUUAACUUGGAAGGAGCUCGCGGGCUCUCUGUCCGCUCUGGCGAGCGCUUGCGUCGCCGAGAGCCGCGAACAGAGACCCGGCGGCGAGUACCAGCCGGACCUCCAGAGCACCAGCAGCGAGGAGGGAGAGGAGCCCGGAGAGUCUGGAGGAGAAACACCGGAGAGCAGCAGGACUUUCACACAGUGCAGCCCGCAUCUCAUUCACAACAGCUCGGCCGGUGGUGGGCGACAGUCUGGUAGGGAACCGGUGAAGUCUCCUCUGGUGCUGGAGGACCAGGUUAUCUUCAGUCUCACCGUCUCUUUGGACAAGCUGCCGGUCAACACACUGAAAACCAAGAUCGUAGUGACCGUGUGGAGCCAGGAGGAGGAGGAGAAGGUGGAGGUGAGGGAACACGGCUACCUGUCUCUUCUGCAGCUCCGGAGCCCGAUGCACACCUUCAGGAAGGACCUCAGCACCUUCAGGACGCAGGUCAGCACCAUCCUGAAUGUUCUUCCACCUCCUAGUGUCCAAUGUCAGCACAUAGCCGUCUCUGGGAAACACCUGACUGUCCUCAAAGUGUUGAACUGCAGCUCUCAGGAUGAGCUGUGUGUCAGAGAUGUGAAGAUCCUUCCUAACUAUAACUCGUCCUACCUCCCCAUGAUGCCAGACGGCUCCGUUCUCGUAGUCGACGAUGUCUGCCACCAAUCAGCCGAGGUCACCGUGGCGUCGUUCUAUCGAAUGGACGGCGAGUUGUCGCGCUUACCCAGCACGCUCAGCGCCCUGGAGGAGCACAACUUCCUGUUCCAGCUGCAGCUACAAGACAAAGAGGAGGAGGACUCCAGUGAGGGUUUGGAAGUCCAGUUGGUGGCCGUGUUACAGUGGUACACUCCAACACUGCCUUUAACAAGAUACAUCUCCAGUUGUUACUUGUUGCCCAGUAUCCGCUUGGACCGUCCUCUGCUGGUGAUGACCGCUUCCUGUCCCCGCGCGGUCAGGCCUCUGGAGCACUUCUGGGUGAAAUACACCCUGCUCAACAACUUGCAGGACUUCCUGGCCGUCCGUCUGGUCUGGAAUUUGGAUGCUGAGAGAGGAGGCCAGCAGCAUCACAGGGCCCACCCGGCAGUGGUGUGCCAGUCUCCCCUCAACAACCUGGGACAGUGUAGGAAGGGCUCCACCCUCUCCUUCACCGUGGCCUUCCAGAUCCUCAGGACUGGACUCUUUGAGUUGAGCCAGCACAUGAAACUGAAGCUCCAGUUCACGACCUCGGUGUCCACUACCCCCGUGGAUCCUCUGUCCCCGAUGAGGAACUCUCCAUCGUCAUCAUCAUCAUCCGGCCCCGCAGCCCGAGAGCUGCUGGACAGACAUGGCCUGGGCCGAUCUCAGAGCUUCUCCCACCAGCAGCCGUCCAGGUCAAACCACGUCAGGUCAGGUAGCGUGAUGGUGCACAGGGCUGCCACCCCUCCCGUAGGACCUCGGAUUGGCAGAGGCCUGCCCCCGCCCCCCGACCACGCCCUCAUCUCACUGGACAAAAUAGCCAAGAGAGAGUGUAAGGUGUUAGUGCUGGAACCAAUCCAAGAGGCUCACGGCAGAAACGCAUGUUGCUCGUGACUCCUGGACAGAAAACUGAAAACUGCUUCUCAGAUGACCUGGAGAGGAAAGCUUUGACUGAAGACGCACAGUGUUUGGUCCAUCUGUUUAGCCGCCAGAGCCUGAUCCUCUGCCUAAAGACGACAAGAUGGUGGAUGAAGAGAUGGACGGAGGAGCAGAGAGGAUCGGUGAUUGGUCAGAGAGGAGGAGGAGAGAGGAAGGUGAUGGAGCGAUGCUGCUGGCCACAACAAGUCUUCAUUUCAUUGGUUCAUUAUUUCAAUUCUUGUUCUUACACUUCCCUUUAGCCUAUUCCUUUUUACUCAGUGGGUUAUUUUCAUAGUCUUCUUAUGUCUUUGUGCUUUUGUUGAUAUUUAUAGUUAAGGUUUAUGUAGGGUGUACUCAGGAAACCCCAGAUUGUCCGGUUGUGCCAGGCCUGGGAGCACAGCUAAAGCUGGGUGGAGACAGUAGUUUGUAUUUUCUUGGUAACUGUCCAACAUUUUGUGAAGUACGCUUCAAACCAUCCGUUAGAUUAGAGAAAACUGCGGGCCUAGCGGUCUCUGAAAACACAGAACUCGUAACCGUCCCAAAGAAGAAAAGUGGGUACCGUUAGCAUAGCAAACAUAACAGCUAACGCUAAUGCCACCUUGCCAGCUUGGUGAGCAAGGUUCAUCCUUAAUUCACAUUAACUGUGAUAUUCAUAGUGAUACUAAUUUAACACUUUUUAGUUCCAACCUUAACUGCUACAGCUAUUCAAUAAACAUGAUACAACAUGUCACGAAGACAGAGGCUAGGCUAGCAGUUCCCGCCUUGCUUCCAGUGUUUGUGCUAAGCUAAGCUAAACAUGUUUUAAAAUUAUUUCUGCGCUUUAACAUACAGAUGUAAAAUUUAUAUAAUCCUCUCAACAAGUACCAGCUUUUAGGUUUCAUUGUCAAUAAUCUGUCAAUCCGGAACAGUUCGGGCUUCUACUUAUUUGCUUGUGAGGGAAAUGUGUUAGUAAUUACAAUGAAUAUUAAUAGCUUAAAGUUUACAAAAUGUGUCUAUUUUCAGAGGAUAACAUUUGAAUGAGCGUGAUCCCAUUCCGGUAGUCUUUACACUGGCUCAAUAUUUCUAAAUGUACUCGUCUUAAUGAUGUCUAUUUAUUGUUAAUGUUCAGGUUUUAAGUUGAUGUUUUUGUCUUUUAUUAGACCCCUCGUAUACACUCCACGGUCCGACAACCCUUCACAGCGUUGUCCUGAAUUUAUACCAGAACAAUGUGGCGUGUAUAAUGAAUAUUGUGAGCCUCAUCUCACAUCUCAUGUCUGCGGUGGAAACAGGGUUCAUCUGCUAUGAGAGCUUGUUAUCGGAUUAAUGCUGCUUAGAGCCGGCGCUCUGUGUUUACAUUCACGUUCUUUUACAUUUCUGAAAUCCACGUUCAUUUCAUUUCAUUGAGGAGCCAUUAAAGCUUUUAAAUAAGACUGAUGAUUACAACAGAAUGAUUCAUUUCUUAGGGUGUUUCCAGGAUAGAACUAUGUCAAAUAUGUUUUUUGUUCUUUGAGUUUAUUUAUUUGUUCAUUUCCAGAUUAAGUUCCUUGAAAGAAGUGUUAAAUCUCAAUGACUGGAAAACUGACAGAAGAGUAAAUAUUCAUGUACUAUUGGAAACUUGAAUUCUUUGACUGUUGAGAAAUGUCCCGGACAAAAGGUCAAGGGGUCAAUAUAAAGUCAUAGGAUCUUCUCAGGAAGAGCGCUGGACUUUGAAGCAAAUUUGACACGGCGGCCAAACGGUAGAAUUACAACGUCCAGGUCAUGUGACGCCAUGUGGACCAACAUGACGUUUUCCCAUUGAGUCAUAUUGGGAAAGAGACGUCUGUAACUCGGCGGAUAUCUUUGUAAUUUUUUUUUUCCGGUGAAUGUCCAUAUGGUGCCGUCCCAGUGUUACAGCAACGACACAUUACAGACAUAUUUUGACCCCUGUAUGUUUAUAGUGACACUGAACAUCAAAAUCUUGAAUUGCUGGAAUAAAUGUGUGGAAUUGAACAAGUGCGACUUGUUUUUGUACACUAGAUCUGUAAUAGCAGAAUGAGUCGCCUUCUACUGAGUCUGGCUGAACACAGCUGCUGCUGUUCUUCGUCUGAAUGUGCCUUUUAUUCCGUUCCUCGGUGUGGAACCUCCUUUCAAACAUUCGAGCCGUCGGGGAGCCACACACAGUCAGUGUGCGAGGAAGCUUAUUGUUGUGUAACAUGUCUGGAGUCUCCCGGUUUUCUGCCCACUUUGAUGGCAAAUAAAGUGUUCCUGGGUGA